UGGCUUUCCCACCACAGGCACAACGGUGUCGAUAACCGAUGCUGUAACCAAGUGAAGUCCAAACGGUAAUGUGGGCACUGAAGGUGUAUUUAUUAUUCUUUUAAAUCAUAUAAUGCCGGCCUGCUAUUCAACGAAUGUCCCCGACAGCUUGUGGCUACAUGCUCAUCUCUCUGCUGGUGUGGACUCCUCUUGUUGUCUACACAGGUUCAACCUUUAUUCAGUGGUAAUGUUCCACCAGCACAAAGGGUGCCAUCAGUGUCAGAAUAUAUGUAUAUAUAAUCAAGUUUAUGAACUUACACUUAUAUAUUAUUGAAUAUGUAUUCAAGAUUCAUUCAUUUGUGUCAUUUAAUGAAGACGGCAUGCUUCUCUUUGUUAGUUUAAUACCACACGUUCACCGAGAUUUCACAACAUGGUUGGUCAUGGAAACUUGGUUUAAAGUCCUGGAAAUGUCCUGGAAAUCCAUUGGUCAAAAUCUGUAUGAACCCUGAGAUCAGGUAUGGAUCAGGUCCGGAUCAGCUACAGAUCAGAUAUAGAUCAGGUACGGAUCAGGUAUGGAUGGAUCAGGUAUGGAUCAGGUAUGGAUGGAUCAGGUAUGGAUCAGGUAUGGAUGGAUCAGGUAUGGAUCAGAUACGGAUCAGGUAUGGAUGGAUCAGGUAUGGAUCAGGUAUGGAUCAGAUACGGAUCAGAUACGGAUCAGAUACGGAUCAGAUACGGAUCAGGUACGGAUCAGGUAUGGAUGGAUCAGGUAUGGAUGGAUCAGGUAUAGAUGGAUCAGGUAUGGAUCAGAUACGGAUCAGGUAUGGAUGGAUCAGGUAUGGAUCAGGUAUGGAUCAGAUACGGAUCAGGUACGGAUCAGGUACGGAUCAGGUAUGGAUGGAUCAGGUAUGGAUGGAUCAGGUAUAGAUCAGGUAUGGAUCAGAUACGGAUCAGGUACGGAUCAGGUAUGGAUCAGAUACGGAUCAGGUACGGAUCAGGUAUGGAUGGAUCAGGUAUGGAUCAGGUAUGGAUCAGAUACGGAUCAGGUACGGAUCAGGUAUGGAUGGAUCAGGUAUGGAUCAGGUAUGGAUGGAUCAGGUAUGGAUCAGGUAUGGAUGGAUCAGGUAUGGAUCAGGUAUGGAUGGAUCAGGUAUAGAUCAGGUAUGGAUCAGGUAUGGGUGGAUCAGGUAUGGAUCAGGUACAGAUCAGGUACAGAUCAGGUACGGAUCAGGUACAGAUCAGGUAUGGAUGGAUCAGGUAUGGAUCAGGUACAGAUCAGGUACGGAUCAGGUAUGGAUGGAUCAGGUACAGAUCAGGUACGGAUCAGGUAUGGAUGGAUCAGGUACGGAUCAGGUAUGGAUGGAUCAGGUACAGAUGGAUCAGGUACAGAUCAGGUACGGAUCAGGUACAGAUCAGGUACGAAUCAGGUACAGAUCAGGUACAGAUCAGGUAUAGAUCAGGUACGGAUCAGGUAUGGAUGGAUCAGGUACGGAUCAGGUACAGAUCAGGUAUGGAUCAGGUAUGGAUGGAUCAGGUACAGAUCAGGUACGGAUCAGGUACAGAUCAGGUACGGAUCAGGUACGGUUCAGGUACGAAUCAGGUACAGAUCAGGUACGAAUCAGGUACAGAUCAGGUACAGAUCAGGUAUAGAUCAGGUACGGAUCAGGUAUGGAUGGAUCAGGUAUGGAUCAGGUACGGAUCAGGUACAGAUCAGGUACGAAUCAGGUACAGAUCAGGUACAGAUCAGGUAUAGAUCAGGUACGGAUCAGGUAUGGAUGGAUCAGGUACGGAUCAGGUACAGAUCAGGUACGAAUCAGGUAUGGAUGGAUCAGGUACAGAUCAGGUACGGAUCAGGUAUGGAUGGAUCAGGUAUGGAUCAGGUACAGAUCAGGUACAGAUCAGGUACGGAUCAGGUACAGAUCAGGUAUGGAUGGAUCAGGUAUGGAUCAGGUACAGAUCAGGUACGGAUCAGGUAUGGAUGGAUCAGGUACAGAUCAGGUACGGAUCAGGUAUGGAUGGAUCAGGUAUGGAUCAGGUACAGAUCAGGUAUGGAUCAGGUAUGGAUGGAUCAGGUACAGAUCAGGUACGGAUCAGGUACAGAUCAGGUACAGAUCAGGUACGAAUCAGGUACAGAUCAGGUACAGAUCAGGUAUAGAUCAGGUACGGAUCAGGUAUGGAUGGAUCAGGUACGGAUCAGGUACAGAUCAGGUAUGGAUCAGGUAUGGAUGGAUCAGGUACAGAUCAGGUACGGAUCAGGUACAGAUCAGGUACGGAUCAGGUACGGUUCAGGUACGGAUCAGGUACGGAUCAGGUACGGAUCAGGUACAGAUCAGGUACGAAUCAGGUACAGAUCAGGUACAGAUCAGGUAUAGAUCAGGUACGGAUCAGGUAUGGAUGGAUCAGGUACGGAUCAGGUACAGAUCAGGUAUGGAUCAGGUAUGGAUGGAUCAGGUACAGAUCAGGUACGGAUCAGGUACGGAUCAGGUACGGAUCAGGUAUGAAUCAGGUACGAAUCAGGUACAGAUCAGGUACAGAUCAGGUACAGAUCAGGUACAGAUCAGGUACUCACUCUCAGCGAUGGCUCCCAGGUCGAUGUUGCCGUGUUCGUCUUUCACCGUCACCGCCAGGACAAACGGGUUCUCGGUUCCCUCGUUCUCUUGUUUGGUCUGCAGUCACACAAACGAACAGACGUUAUAGUCGGGUCAGCGAACGCACCACUGAUGAACAGGUGAGUCAGCAGGUGAGUCAGCAGGUGAGUCUUACCUGAGUGGAUCUGUGAGUUUCGGAGUGCUGGCUCUCUGUGACGGACAAAUCAGACAUUAGAACAGAGAUCCAGACUUCAGUCUCAUUUCCACCAUGAUUUCAUGCUACAGUUCAAAACACAAAGAGGUUGAAUGAAAAGUUGAGUCCUGGUCCUCUAUAGACCUCAGCUUAGUCCUGGUCCUCUAUAUGAUCUCAGCUUAGUCCUGGUCCUCUAUAGACCU